AUGAAGCUUUCCAGACUCUUGCAGGCAAGUAGGCAGGAUACACAGCUAUCGCCUACAUGACAAUGUAGAACAUAGCUAUGCAUGCAUUACCCCAUUCAUAGACGUAAACUUAUUUAGCGCCUAUUGACGAUAGUGACGUUAUAGUCGCUCUGGAUAAGAGCGUCUGCUAAAUAACUAAAAUGUAAAUCUUCUUUACCGGGGACUUUUGUUAAAGAGCCCCGACGCUCGGUCUGAAUGUUGCGAACGUUUGCGGUACUGUUUUGGAAACAUAAGGAACGUGUUUUUCAUAUCAGCGAGAACAAUUUUUUUAAAAUUACUAUUCUACACACCUUUAUAAAGUUAGGGUUAAUGUUCCCACAUGGCCAUAUCUCCAUGUUACAGCGCUUGUUAACGGAAGACAUAGGCGGCCACCUGUGCUAAUUACAGUAGCUAUCUAGCCUGCUCCGAACACCUGGUGUAAGCGUAACUGGGGAGGAAGUGUAGUUCCUCAACUGGAGGCACACACAGUGUAUGGAUCUGUGCAAAACUGCUACUGUAAGUGUAUAUUUUAUUUUAAUUUAUUGCAGACAUGAAAGAUAUGUUAAGAAAACCGUUUCGUAGGCGAUGAUUAUGUCGUAGAAAUACUUCUCAAAUAUAUCUCUCAGACACUGGAGCUUGUGAGUUUAGAAUAUACUUUAUUACAAAGUAACAAGCCGAGCUGAUCCGCGGAGCAACUGCCAGUCCCAGACUUGGAGCUCUCUUUUUAUACAGCUUCAUCUUUUCAUAUCAUAUAGGAACCCCCUCUUUAUCCAAAUAGCCACCCUCCCUUGACCUUGAGCCACUAUGGUUUCUUUGUCUAGCCUCUUUCCUGUCUAUGCCCAUGUCUGCUUGGUUUCCCGUCCUCUUGCCUGGCUAUUGGUGGCGUGAUAAAGACAGUUGCUUUAAAAAUAAUAUACAUACACACCUGAUGCUAAUUAUAUAGUACAUUAAUUACUGCAGUCACAAUGUGGUUGUCCAGUCAUGCAUCUGGAUUACAAAAUGUUUCAUCAUGUUUCAUACAUAAUAGACAGGUGUAGUCACUAAUCCUCUUUUAAACCCAUAAUGAUUCUGCUUAUUGUUAAAUGAUUUUAUAAUAUAUGUAAUGGAAAAAUACUUAUAAUUAUUGAUGUUUCUAAACAUUAAAACACAUCGUCGGAAUUGUAGUUCACACAAGCCUAACGUGGGCAAAUGUAACUCUACAUACAGAGAAGGGUUUUCAAGAGCUAUGCAUGCAUAAGCUAUAUCCUGCUUUAUAAUAGCUAUUAUUCUUACAGUAGCUAGCUAGCUACGUUUUUCUUAACUCCUACAGGGUCCAAGAGAUGGCUGCACUGGAGAAAAGAGAUCCAACUCCUGUCAGACCUUGCAUACUAUGGUUUAACCACAUUCUCAGGUAGGUAAACAAACAUACUGUGUUCAAAUCUGACAGGCAGGCAUGCCAUCAAAGACAGACCAGGGGCAUCCAUUGUUAAUGCUACAAUGCCACCUAACCACACGUCCUUGCUGUCCCUCCCUGUGUCAUCCAGGGUACCAGACGUUGGGUGAGGAGUAUGUCAGUAUCAUCCAAGUGGACCCCACCCUGCGCAGGGUACCGUCGCGCGUCAGACGAGGAGCCCUGGUGCUCCUCCACAGCCUGUUUCCUUACCUACUGGACAAGCUGCUGGUGUGCCUGGAGAAUGAGCUGGAGGCGGGGGAGGAAAGCCUGGGAGGGGGAGGCCGGAGAGCAGCAGUGACCAGUCCCUGGAGCCCCGGAGCCUGGAUGAGAGGCUGGGUCCGGAGGGCGGUGGGGCUGCUGACAGAGCCCCAGAGGAGGGCGUGCGUGCCGGCCGUGUUGGUCCUCCAGCAGGGACUCUCCAUCCUCCACCGGGUGCACGUGGCCCUGUUUUACAUCAGCGGGGCCUUCUACCACCUGGGGAAGAGGACGGCCGGAGUCAGCUAUGUAGGUAUUUGUGUGAGAACCUAUUCAGUAGUGUACCGUAGCAAAACUUUUUGCAAUGUAAAACAAAAACAAACAUAUCUUUUUGGACAAGUUCAGGUAAUCCCUCCCUGUUUCAGUCCGUUUUCUUACUAGCUGAACUUUAUUGUUUUCCGUUGCAAAACGUUUUGCUACAGUGUGCCCUAAUGAAUAUGACCCAUGUCUCAGUGUUAGGAAUGUAUGCUUCAGCAUGGCAUUUCUCACCAUUCUGUCUUUCCCUGGUUGGUUAGCUACGGGUGCGUGGUGUGACGGGGGAUGACGGGGCCGUCCGGAGCAGCUACAGGCUCCUGGGCGUGGUCUCCCUGCUGCAGCUGGCCCUCACGCUGGCCCUGCAACUCAACAACCUCCGGCAGAGACAGAGAGCCAGGCAGGAGUGGAGACAACACAGGAACCUGACCUCCAGGUACACUGCAAUAGGACACUGUAGGAAUAAUAGAAUGAACACUGGCUGGCUUGGUCACGCUGAAAAUCUGCUACCAUAUCUAUCAAUAUGCCUUUGAGUCCAUAUACCUUUCUUGGUCCUGGUCCUGGGGGCCCAUCAAGCCUCUCAUUGAGGUUGGGUGGGUGGGACCCCUUUGGGUCCCCGGGAAGCACUGUUUAUGAAAACAUUCAAAUUCUGAGAUUGAUACUAUUUAAUUGCGAAGCCGUAGUUCAAGUUUUUCAACUCAAGUUGGUAAUUUCCUUGAUGUACACAUGCCCCCAUGCAUUUUUUUGAAUGUGAAUAUUGAGAUACGCAUAUGAAUUUCACAUAUGCAUGCGUUUUAAAAUGUACCCGUAAUUGUGUGUGUCCAGGUCCCAGUCUGUAGAAGAGACUGACUCACCCCGUACCUCUCGCUGUAACCUGUGUCUGGAGGAGAGGAGGCACUCGACCUCCACUCCGUGUGGCCAUCUGUUCUGCUGGGAGUGCAUCACAGAGUGGUGCAACACCAAGGUGAGACCAUAGAUACAUUAAAUGACUACUGUUCUAUGUCCAAUUGAAUUAUGUGAGUGAAACGCUACGCUCUAUAAAGGGUACCGUUUGACUGCUAGAACAGUGGCACAGUCCAGAAACGACCUCUACCCCGUAGGCACUUGUGUAGGUCUGACAGGACUGGAGAGGUAUAAUAUUCCACAUAGCUAGCCUAUCAGAGUGAAUGUUCCGCCUAGCUAGCCUAUCAGAGUGAAUGUUCCGCCUAGCUAGCCUAUCAGAGUGAAUGUUCCGCCUAGCUAGCCUAUCAGAGUGAAUGUUCCGCCUAGCUAGCCUAUCAGAGUGAAUGUUCCGCCUAGCUAGCCUAUCAGAGUGAAUGUUCCACCUAGCUAGCCUAUCAGAGUGAAUGUUCCACCUAGCUAGCCUAUCAGAGUGAAUGUUCCGCCUAGCUAGCCUAUCAGAGUGAAUGUUCCACCUAGCUAGCCUAUGGGAGGGUCAGUGUUCCACCUAGUAGCCUAACAGAGAAAAUAAGCUCUAGAUGCAGUGCAUUACUAUGAGUUUCUUCCUCUCAACAGACAGACUGCCCUUUAUGUCGUGAGAAGUUCCAGCCUACUCGACUAGUCUACCUGAGGAACUACUAGCCGAAGAGCCAGAACCUCUGACGUGGCUGUUAUUAUAUGGCUCACUUCCUAAAUGACUGGAUCGCCACAUCGGACUGUUGAAUCGUUAAACACAACUGUUUCUCUUUUGUCCGAGUUUAGCUAUCCCUUGUUGGGGUCACGUCUGAAUAGCAUCUCACUUAGAGAAUGGCUAGAGAUCUUAUUUUGGGGCGUUGAUUCAGAUAUUGCUGUGUCAAGAUAUCUCCAGUAUUAAAGAAAAUGUGUGCAUAAAGCAUUUCACAUUGUUUUUCUAAUCAGAAUGCAGAAUAUUAUUGUAAAGAUCUGUACAACACUGUCCUCAGCCCUUUUAUUCUGUGUCAGGGCUACACACUGGAAUAAUUUGUAGGUAAUGGGUAUAUGUUUCUUUCUUUGGUAAUGUACUGUUUCUAAAUUUUAUGAAAAUGUAUAAUGCAGUGCACUAUAUUGAGGAAUCAUACAUGUUUCAAUGGUUUGCAUAUGAAUCAUAAUGUUGGAUUGUAUCAGUCUAACUGAUCUAAAUGUUUAAAUUUAAAAAAUAUUAAACUAUGCUACUUUUGUAAUAAACA